AUGGCACCGUUCGUCAAAGUGGCUGUUAUUCAGCUUCAUCCAAAACCGCUAGACCCCGAACACAACUUCACCAAAGCUGCAGCCCAGAUCCGCUCAGCAGCAGCGCAGGGAGCCGAGCUUGCCGUGUUACCUGAAUACCACCUGACCAAUUGGAAGCCCAAGGACCCAGCAUUCCUCGAGACCGUCGAAAAGUGCUCAGGGUACCUGGACAAGUACCAGCAGCUAGCGCGAGAAUGCGGAAUAUGUAUCGUUCCCGGGACGAUAGUGGAAAGCCACAAGGAGAAUGAAAAAGAGCAGGACCGGCUACUGAACGUGUGCUACUUUAUCGACCACCAAGGCGCCGUUAUCGGCAAAUAUGUCAAGAAGAAUCUGUGGGGCCCCGAGCGCGAGCACCUCACUGGGUCUGGCCGCGAUAUCCACGAGGUCUUGGACACGCCGAUCGGCAAAGUAGGCUUACUGAUAUGCUGGGACCUGGCUUUCUCCGAGGCCUUCCGCGAAUUGAUCGCCCAAGGAGCAAAGAUCAUCAUUAUCCCCACCUUCUGGACUCUGAACGACUGCAACGAGGCAGGCCUGCGGCAGAAUCCGGCGGCCGAGGCCCUCUUUCUAGACUCGAUGCUGACAGCGCGAGCGUUUGAGAACACCUGCGCUGUCGUAUUUGCCAAUGCUGGUGGUCCGCCCGGAAAAGGAUAUGCCGGGCUGAGUCAAGUGACGGUGCCGUUUGUGGGCGCGCUGUCCAAGCUGGGCGGAGGCGCCGAGGGCAUGUGUGUGGUUGACAUUGACAUGGGCGUGCUGGAAGACGCAGAGGCCAACUACCAGAUCCGGGCUGACUUGGCAAAGGACGACUGGCACUACGACUACCGACAUGGAAAGGCAAAGACGGAGCGCGGCAGAGAGAGACUGUGA